CCACAUAAAAAUAGUCUAGGCGUAGUCUACAAGCAGGAAUUCGACUCCUAAAUAGCUUCACAGAUGUGUGUAUAGAGGUUUUCUCAGCUGAAGCUUUUUAUUGUCUUUAAAUUUAUUCUGAAACUUAUUUUUAUUUAUUUUAUUUUAUUUUAUUGUAUGCAGGCUAAAACGUAGUCUUGCAUCACAGGGUGACGGUUGAACUUCAUUACUGAUAGCGAAGUAUCACCUGCACAUAGGGAUCCAAACACCUUCAAGCCUCAGACGCGUCAUGACCAGCCGUAUCUUAUCGUGAUUUCGCCUUUAUAGACUUACGGCAUACCUUUUAAAUCAGGUCUUGAUUUUUGUCGGAUGUUUCUUCCUCUCAAAGGCUUCGACAUGUCGGCAGUAAGGCUGCUUCUGUCUUGCUUUCUUUUUAAAGAGGCUUUUGCGCUCUCAGGGAACUUUUGGCACAUCACGGAUCUCCACUGGGACCCAACGUACGAACUGAGCAACAACAAUCCUGCACUGGUGUGCGCAUCCAGUGGCAAACGACCUGCAGCCAAUGCUGGUAAAUUUGGACACUAUGUUUGUGACUCGCCAUGGCACCUGAUCAACUCUUCUGUUUAUGCAAUGAAGAAUAUUCUACCAAACCCGGACUUCAUCGUAUGGACUGGUGAUGACACUCCACAUGUUGAUGAUAAAGAUCUGGGAGAAGAGGCAGUGCUCAGCAUUAUCGGCAACCUCACUGACAUCAUAAAUCAAGUUUUUCCAAACACUAAAGUGUACUCAGCCCUGGGGAACCAUGAUUACCACCCAAAGAGUCAGCUUCCUGCAGCCCCAAACUCCAUGUAUGACCGAAUAGCAGAAAUGUGGCAGGGCUGGUUGGAUCCAAAGUCAAAAGAAACAUUUAAAAAAGGUGGAUACUACACAGAAAAGCUCAUGAAUCAGACUGGUUUCAGGAUGCUGGUCCUUAACACCAAUCUCUACUAUGAUCAGAACAAGCUGACCAAGAACAUGGAUGACCCAGCGGACCAGUUUAGUUGGUCAGAUCAGAUUCUUACAGAGGCGGCCAACAACAAAGAGAAGGUUUACAUCAUUGGCCACGUUCCUCCAGGUUUCUUCGAGAAGAAAAGAAGUAAGCCAUGGUUUACACCAAAGUUCAACCGGCGAUAUUUGGAUUUAAUUGAGAAGCAUCAUUCUGUAAUAAAAGGGCAGUUCUUUGGCCAUCAUCACACUGAUAGCUUCCGUAUGUUCUACAACACAGAGGGUUCUCCCAUUAGUACCAUGUUCCUCAGCCCUGGUGUCACACCGUGGGAAACAACACUUCCUGGAGUUAAGGAUGGAGCGAACAAUCCUGGGAUUCGUGUCUUUGAAUAUGACACAGAAACACUGGUAGUCAAGGAUGUGGUGACCUAUUACCUGAACCUUACUCAUGCUAAUGUAGCCACAGGACGCUGGGAGAAAGAGUAUCGCCUCACAGAGAGUUUCAGAGUACCAGAUGCCUCUCCAGCCUCCAUGCACGAGGUUCUGAAGCGUGUAGCUGAUGACCCCCGCUACCUGCAGAAGUACUAUGAUUUCAACUCUGUGAACUAUGACCUGAGGGAUUGUGACAGCGACUGCCGCGUUGACCACGUGUGCGCAGCACGAGAGGUAGACUUUGACAGGUAUGAACACUGCCUCGUUAAAGAGGGGGCAGUUUUCAUCUAUGGUGGCCUGUUGCCACUCAUCUCCGUGGCUUUAAGUCUGGUGGUGGCCAGUGAGUAAUUAAUUCAAUACUACUUUGAACUAUAACUAACUCUGAACUUAGUAUAGGUUCAUUGUUUCCCUACACCAACAUAUAAGCUUUCUCCCUCAGAAUUUAAAAUUAUGCAAUAAUCUUUUGUUUCAAAAGUAUAAAAGUCAUGUUCACACAUGUAUCACUGACCCACUGAGCAAUGCAAACUCCCCCUCUGACUUUCCGACUGGCUUCAUCAGCAGCUGUAUGACGUUCCACCUUAAAAACUGCACACUUUUAGCAGAGGAAUCUGAGAAUAGCUUUCUGGUCUCAACAUUUGUAAUGAAUUUCAUUGUUUAAAUGAUAAAUCCAGAGAAACAUCAAGUAGCAGGUAUUUGUUUUAAAUGUCACUAUUUAACAUGUAGCACUAUAAUAAUGCAUUUUCAUACUUUCAGUUAUAUUACAUCUAUAAAUGAAAUGAGUCAUGCUCCAGUGUAUAAUUAAACUAUGGAAAAAUGCAACCUUUGUCUUCAGUAAUCUUUGGUGUGCCCCUUGACCUUGAUUUAUGGGUACUGGCUGAAUACUUUGUUUCAAAACUACACAGUAUUCUUGUGCCUCUAAAGGCCAGCUACCAUCGUUUUAUUUGUGUAAACUCUACUGUAGCUUGUUAUGAAUCCAAAACUCAAUCUUAUGAAUUUCAUGCACAUUAGCUGAAAAAAUUGAUUAUAUCAGGAUUUCAUAACAAAUGUCUUAACAUUACUUCCAUUGUCCAUGCAACUUCAAAGCAAAGCAAUCAGUUUUAAAAAAAUUACAAGAUAAAGUUGUAUUAUCUGUGUUCUGUGAUAACUCCUGGCAUUUCAUAUCUUCUUAUAAUGACUUCAUAAUCUUUUGACAGCUGCCUGUAAACACUGUAAAGUGUCACUACAGAACAUGACGGACGCUGAACUUUGAGUCUUAUGUGAAGACACUUUUAUUGAGAAUGUGGAUUUCUUUGACAUAUCAGCAAGAAUGUGACAGCUCUCGGGUUUCACCCAAAUAUACAUGCAGUGUUCUUGAAUAUCCGGUGGUUAGUUGAUAGUAUCAGCUAGUUCACAUGACCAAAACCUGUUUAGUUGAUGAGAAAGGCUGCAUAGCAGCAUCCAGAGCUGCGUGAUACUGCUGCAGACCCACCUCAGUGCAGGCGGGAGCUGUCA